UAGGGGGAGAGGAGGGAGAGGAACAGCAGGUGAGAAAAUGCAGAGAGAAAAAUACAAAUCUGCAGCUUCUACUAAAAAAUGUACCAAAUGAGGUUUCUAGUAAUGAACUACAGCAAAACGUAUUUGUCAUUCUUUCACAGUUUGUUAACACUUUCUGGUAACCAAUUCGUAGCAUAACUUUCACAAACCAAGUCAACCCCAAAACUUAUCAAGCCCAAGCCAAACUCAUGCUAUUUUCAUUGUAGGAGGGUUCCUGAAAAACAUGGAGUGGCCAAAUGAAGAUAUAAAAUUUAUUAUUGAUGAGACACUGGAUUUUAGUCUGUCGUCUUCUUCUUUUGACGGACAAGAGGAGGAGGAGGAAGCGGUCUCUGGCAUUUGCCCCACUGAGUCCAGUGAAAGGUGUGCGGCCCAGUCAAUUGACAUGAACAUUUUUGGCGGGGAGAGUGAAGGCAAGGCCUUGGUGUGGAGCCCUCUGAGUCCCGAAAAGCUAGAGGAGAUGAUGAGGGAAGCCAACAGGCUGGCUGAAUUGAUGGAGGGGUGUGAGCUGCUGGAGAAGGAGAACGGCAGCUCUGAGACAAGGCUUGAGAUGGUUCCCGAUUUUGAGCCUUUGCCCUCCAUUGAAUCUUCGCAUGCGGUGAGGAGGGACUCCAGGGCCCCCAGACGAAGGACAUUCAACGUGAGCAACAGCCCUCUGAAAGCCCUGCUGCCAACCGUGGGACCCGAAAGCUGCUGCUCUGUAGGUUCCCCCAAAGCUCUGCUUCCAGAGAUGGGAAGUCCUACUUCCUGUGAUGCAGACCCACCUGUUCCCAAAAGACGCCAGAAUAAAUCAAAUGCCUGCAUCCCCGACAGCCAACUCCCCAAGAAAUCCAGGCCCAAUCAGCCACUCAGGUCACUGGCAGCAACGAAAUCUCUGGACAUUAAAAAGACAACUACCAGGUGCAGCAGGAAGGAAAGAUCAACUCCACCCACCCUUCCCACGCAAAAUAAGAAGACCCUGCCAAGUCUGAGGCCUCCCCUUCAAACCAACAGGAAGGGACCUUGGAGGGAAACAGAGAAAUCUUCUGGCAAGGUCGCCUCUUUGGAGGCAUCUCAGCUUGGCCUUCAGGGUCCACCUAGCAAAGUUAAAAAACCAGUACCAUAUGUGAAAGCAAGGCUGGGCCCCAGGCUGGAUCCGCCGAAGACUGGUCCUGUGAAGAAGGCCUCUGCUGCUCCAGAAAAGGUGGCGCAUCUCCCAAAGGCAAAUGCAAGUCAGGCGACAAGUAUGGGCAGCAGUGCCCCACAAUUGCAGGCCAGCUGCAAGCCUCACAACAAGCCUUGCCGUGCGAGUCAACCCAGGAACACUGCCAAGUCUGGGUUGGCAAGCAGACUACCAGUACUCUGCCACCUUGCAGCGAACAGAUCUGGGGCUGGAUGAGUGUGAACCCACGAAGCGUUGCCUGCGUUGGUGAAGGAGAAGCUGCAGCCUGGGAGACUUGGCCAAGGCUUUGCUGACAGAGAGAACCACACCUCCAUGUUCACUGGCUGAGGUCUGGUGGGAAUUCCCAUCAGCCAAAACAAUUACCUGGAGGGGCUACGGGUCAGCCUUGUAGAA